UGGAUACCUCAACCAUUCUGGUCUCACUGAAGGGCAUUUCCUCCUUAUGGAUACUUCACCCAGAUACCUGGCCAGGUCUUCAGCAACGUCACAACCUUGGUAAUUAUGGUCAAGAGACAAUUUCCUCUUUAUCAAUACGCCAACCUUUGGUAACAAUUUUACUGCCAAACAAGAUGGCCUUCAAUAAUAUAACAACCUAGGUUAAGUAGCAAUUUCACCUGGAGACAAUGUGGUUUUCAACAAUGUUGCGUAAACUUUGUAUUGACUUCACUGUGAGGAACAAUAUGUCACAACCUAGCCUUCAACAAGCGUUGAAGAACGUCACAAAUGUGGGAAAAGUUCAACAAUGUCCCUACCGAGGUAGCACUUUUUCCCAGAGACAAUGUGGUCUUCUUAUGUCUCAACCGUGACAACGAUUUUCUCUAGAGACAAAAUGACCAUAAACAACAUCACAGCCAUAAUAUUUUUACCAAGAGACAAUAUGGUCCGGUGUUAAUGAAGUCACAACAAAGUUGGGUCACUUAAUGCCCACGCAGAAUGACAUGUCCACUUACUAUGCAUCUGGAACAUAAACCUAUCAUGAUGCAUAAGUAUGUACAUGAACACAUUGAUACGCAAAUUAAUAUUCAAAAUAUUCAUCAUUCUUGCUUUUUAACAUGUGGGUGAAACAAUUCGUCAGCUGCUUGAACUGAACGGACAUUUAAAGGUCCAGUUCAUUGGUGGUAUUUUGUUUACAUGUGAUCCGCAGGAAAGUUUGAAAUUAACAUGACAUUAGUGCAGUAACUACAUAAGCCAGUCUAAGGAACCUUGCAAGUGUAGGCCUAGGAUCCGCAUUGUUGACAUUCAGCAUUGAUAUUCAGCAUAUAUGAAAUAUUUUUAUUUUUAUAGGUUUGAAAACUCCAUUACCUUUAAUUUACUGUUUAGCAAAUACAUAUGCAGUCAUUUUGAUACAACAAAGGUAUGACGAUUGUCGUUGAACAGUAUGGACUUGUAGAGACUUUGUAAUGGAGGCUACAUUUGCUUUGUACCAUCUCGAUCGUGGUUUCUGGACGAUAUGUGCAUUUUUCACUGUUACGGAAUUACCAGGUUACAGAAAAUAGACGUAUCGUCAGCGAGCAUCCGAAGAAAAAUGAGGUUUGCCUGGCUGCUUUGUGUUACCUUUGCCGCUUUCAUAACUGCCAGGAAAGUUACCUUUGCCGCUUUCAUAACUGCCAGGAAAGGUACAGAUACGUGUGUAAAGACAUUCACACCCAAUCCAGUGGGCUUUUGGCCUAUGAAUUCACAGUCUGUGACUCGUGAUGCAUCAGAAAGUAGAAACGAUGGUUUGGGACACAACCUGGUGCUUGCAGAAGGUCCUUCUGGUGAUAAAGACACUGCCCUGGCCUUCUCUGGAAAUAUCAACUCUUAUAUGGAUAUCCCUGCAUCAUCUAUAUUGGAUGUUGGCGCUGGUGGCAGCUUUUCUUAUACGGGUUUCAUCAAAUUGGAUAGGACGGGGGGCUAUAUUUGGGCGUGGUUGGGGCCAACACCGCAAUCAGCAAUCACGAUCAGUAACCAAAGACUCCUUGUGAUACUUCAGAGCCUGGAUAUAGGGGUAGGAUUCACGGACCCUAAAUUACCACAAGUAGAACUGAACAGGUGGUCAUUUAUAGGAGUGAGUUAUGAUUAUACGAAUUUAUUAUUGAGAAUUAAGAUUAAUGAAGAUGAUCACGUUGUUCCCAUGCCAAGACUGCGUGCUCGGACGGAUGGAUCACAGAUAUAUGUCGGAAAGCAGCCCCAUACGGUUGUGUCAGAUGCCAACUCUUUCCGUGGAAGUAUGAGCUGCCUGAUGCUGUUUGAUGUAGCCCUGGAUGCCAGCGCCAUGGAGAGAGUGAGGGCCUACUGUUUGGUGUAUAAUGCAGAGGUGAGGUCAAAGAAACCGUGCAGUAAGAUGGGCGAACAUGGGAAGGUUUCGCCUCAUCAUUCGAUCUCUGUCUACCAUAAGAAACAUUCUGAAGGAGAUGUUUCGUAUUUGGUUAGCGGGGCAAUACACUCCAACGGCCCGCGCUGUCUGGUGUUCAGGUACCAUAUACUUGGGCCCGGCGAGGCAUUUAGUGUCUAUCUGAAGAUAGAAGGGGAGUCAAAGGUGCUAGUGUGGUCAAGGUCUGGUAUGACGUCUGGAUCGAAAACGGGUUCAGUUCAAGUCAACAUAACAGGGCAAUAUAAGAUUAUAUUUGAAGGCAUUCAUUUUUCUACAGACAGUGACAUCGCCGUUGAUCACACAUAUCUUGGUGAUGGCCCGUGCCCGGAAGUCAAUUACCUUUCGCAUGUUGGAGGACAUCAUCUCCGCUCCCACCACGAGGCGUGGCUAUUUAGUUCCAUGAUUCAUUCCCACGGACCACAAUGUCUGCUGUUUUACUACAAGCUUCUCGGGGGCGGGUCCAGGACUACAUUGAAUGUCCACAUCAUGAGGGAUCAUAAUCUAGAACCAACAUCUAUCUGGUCAAGUGCAAACGAGCCGCCUAGCUGGGAUGUUGGCCUUGUGCGGAUUAAUGCAACUGGCGACUAUAAGGUAGCAUUCCAAGGCGUCCGGGAGUCGACAAAGCCGAGUGAUAUAGCAAUUGGAAGUCCAAUGAUUGGAGACGGGCCAUGCCCAACUGGUGGAGUGCACCAGUUGCCUCAACCACAUGAACAUUUUCCCGCUGAAUCGAGGUUAAUAAGCUCGGAGUUGUCGUCGAAUGGCCCAAAAUGUUUGAUGUUCUUUUAUAAGAUCUCUGGACAAAAGAUGAGAACUUUAAUGGUAUAUUUAUCGAAGAACCACGUCCACCUUCCACCAAUUUGGUCAAGAACUGCUCAAACGACGGGUCAGUGGAUCCUAGGACUGGUUCAAAUCAAUACUACGGGAGAAUAUAAGGUUGUCAUCGAAGGAAUUCGAGGACACUCGGAUCACGAGAGCAAUAUAGCAGUUGAAAAUAUAAUGAUUCAUAACGGACCUUGCCACAGAGAUAUAGAAAAGGCGUUCUAUCGAGAAAACGUGAAGACGACGACAGCGGUUCCAAUUAAAUUCCCAACAACGCCUCGACCCAACACACAAGCGCAACCAGCAGUAACAACAGCAUCGGCAUCAACACAAAGGCCCACAACUACUACACAACUUCCUACAACUACGACAGAACCUCCUGUGACUACAAUUGAGCUUCCAACAAGAAAAACCCAACCACCCAUAACUACCACCCAACCUCCGAAAACUGCCACAGCACUUCCGACAACCACGACAUAUGCUCCUCCGACUACACAACUUCAUACCACUACACAACUUCCUACAACUACGACACAACCUAGUACAACUGCGAAACAACCUUCUACAAAUACGACACAACCUCCUAUAACAACGGCACAGUCUUCUACAACUACGACACAACCUCCUACUACAAAACGUCCUACAACUACGAGACAACCUCCUACAACUAUGACACAUCCGUCUACAACAAAACCACAAUCUCCUGCAAUUAUGAAACAACCUAGUACAACUGCGAAACAUACAUCUACAACUACGACACAACCUCCUACUACGAAACUUCCUACAACUACGAGACAACCUCCUAAAACUACGACACAUCCGUCUACAACAACGACACAAUCUCCUGCAACUAUGAAACAACCUAGUACAACUGCGAAACAUACAUCUACAACUACGACACAACCUCCUACUACGAAACUUCCUAAAACUACGAGACAACCUCCUACAGCUACGACACAUCCGUCUACAACAACGACACAAUCUCCUGCAACUAUGAAACAACCUAGUACAACUGCGAAACAAACAUCUACAACUACGACACAACCUCCUACAAAUACGACACAUCCGUCUACAACAACGACACAAUCUCCUGCAACUAUGAAGCAACCUAGUACAACUGAGAAACAUACAUCUACAACUACGACACAACCAACUACAACUACGAAACAACCUCCUACAACAACGACACUACCUCCUACAACUACGACACAACCUCCUACUACGAAACAACUUCUUACAACUACGAUAAAACCUCUUACAACUACGAGUCAACCUCCUACAACCACGACACAUUCGCCUACAACAAUGACACAACCUCCUAAAACUACGACACAGCCUCCUACAACUGCGACACAAUCGCCUACAACUACGACACAGCCUCUGACAACUACGACACAACCUCCUAAAACUACGACACAUACGCCUACAACAACGACACAAUCUCCUGCAACUAUGAAACAACCAAGUACAACUGCGAAACAUACAUCUACAACUACGACACAACCUCCUACUACGAAACUUCCUACAACUACGAGACAACCUCCUACAACUACGACACAUCCGUCUACAACAACGACACAAUCUCCGGCAACUAUGAAACAACCUAGUACAACUGCAAAACAUACAUCUACAACUACGACACAACCUCCUACAAAAACGACACAUUCGUCUACAACAACGACACAAUCUCCUGCAACUAUGAAACAACCUAUUACAACUGCGAAACAUACAUCUACAACUACGACACAACCUCCUACUACGAAACUUCCUACAACUACGAGACAACCUCCUACAACUACGACACAUCCGUCUACAACAACGACACAGUCUCCUGCAACUAUGAAACAACCUAGUACACCUGCGAAACAUACAUCUACAACUACGACACAACCAACUACAACUACGAAACAACCUCCUACAACAACGACACUACCUCCUACAACUAUGACACAACCUCCUACUACGAAACAACUUCCUACAACUACGAUAAAACCUCUUACAACUACGAGUCCACCUCCUUCAACCACGACACAUUCGCCUACAACAAUGACACAACCUCCUAAAACUACGACACAGCCUCCUACAACUGCGACACAAUCGCCUACAACUACGACACAGCCUCCGACAACUACGACACAACCUCCUACAACUACGACACAACCUCCUACAACUACGAAACAAUCUCCUAAAACUACGAAACAACCUCCUACCACUAAGACACAACCUCCUAAAGCUACGACACAACCUCCUACAACUACGACACAACCUCGUAAACGUCCUACAACUACUGCCCAACUUGACACUCCCCUGACAACAGCGAUGUCUCCGACUGCAGUUGUCCCUACCUUGCACAAUACCACCAUACCAACUGGGAAGCGAAUCAAAAUGUCCUUCAAGCUUGGUAAUAAGUUCACAAGCGACCUAAACAAUCCAUCGUCUCCAGCGUUUAAAAAACUCGAGAAGAAGAUGUUAAAACUGCUGGCGAAGGUAUACGGAGUUUCACAUCUUGCAAGUGGGAUCACACAUAUCAGGAUAAUCGGUUUUAAGAAAGGAAGUAUCGAGGUCAUAACGGAAGUGGUGGCCAAUCCGGGCACCUCGAUCCUCUCUCAUGACAUCGCGCACGCAUUGAAAGAUUAUGUGAAAACGCAUAAGAAGACGGCAACAAGACUAGGUAUUGUUGCAUCAUCAAUCAAGGCGAAGGUGCGCAAAACCACUACAGUCAAACCGGCCACGACUUCCAUCACAACGCCAAUGCCUCAAACGAUUACAACUCGGCAGCCUACGACCACGCCAGGAUAUGCAACAACUGCGGCAGAGCUCCUCAUGACCACACGAAGGCAACCUGCAACGACAACGAAACGCCCAGCAACAACGACCAAACAUGCUGGAAGCGGAAGCGGUAGUUUGUCGAGGUCGUUAAGUUGGAUAUCAUCAUGCGCCCUCAUCUCGACGGGUUGGAUAGUUCUGUUGACCAUGAGCUGGUUUGACUGAGUACCAUGCAGAGACCUCUGUUUGGAUUAAUUGAGAAAGCAAUGACCGCAAUAAUUUCCCGGAAACAUAGUGGAUGUUUGGCGACAUUACUUGGCAAUCAUAGAUAGACCAUGGCAAUCACGGAUGAGCUCAGCAUCAUUCAAAAUCAUACUAAAAACGUGCAAGUGGUCAGUUUUCAGGACGCUUGGCCCCAGCGUUUCUUUUCGAUUACCACUACUAUCUAAUAACCGCUGGCAUGAUUAGCCGCAGUUCGGGGGUAUUGUCGAAAGACGGGGCUGACAACCACUCGCUCUGUCUGACGAUUAGGCUGAAGUAAAAAGAUGCGACUCCGACUACACAGGCGUCAUAUCCAAACGUCGGACGAGGUCUAAAGUUGAUCUUGACAUACAGUGUUAGACAUUAGCCCGUUGCAAGGGAUUUAGCAGAAAACGACUUUACCAUGAAGCUGUAGAUCAUACAGGGCCUAUUCUUUGUUAAUUCUUGUAAGAUACUUUUCCUUCUUCUAAACGGUUUCUCCAACUUUCUCCUGAUGUUUCCGAGAAAAGUCCGACAUUGUCCGAGAUUUCUGAGGCACCUGGGCUGGCCCACUCCAUGAUUUUUGGUUUACAUGUAGUGACCUAACAAGCCGGUCCAGUGUUGUUGCAAGGGAUGGUUCGGUCGGAUAAUGAGAAAACCGUCUUUAUUCAGAGCAUGUGUACUGUGUAUGUGCUCGGAUGGUUUAUGUCGGUUGUGGGCGUGAAUUCCGCAAUUGUAAUCUCAUCUGUAUAGGUUUGCUCGUUACAGAUUGCUUGCUGAUUCAGAUUUCCUUUAAGUUAUGACGAUGUUGUAUAAAUGUAUACCAUUUUCAUGUAAUUAUUAUGA